AGGUGCUGGUUGGAGCUGUGGGAUAUUAGGAGGCGGGGAAGCAGAGACACACACACACACACUUCCCUCUGUAGACCAGCCCCAGAGGUUGAUGUGGAGUGAACCUCCUCUCUCGCCGGUCCUCAGCUUCCCCCCACCCCAGACCCCCAACCAAGCACCGCUUCAAUCUUGGACAUUUCCCUUGCCCUCUUCCAUUGCAUUCGAGCAGCGGCUGCAGAAAGAGCGAGUGGAAAACUGGAAUAAGACAGUGUUUCUCCAGGAGGGACAGAUCCAUGGAUUUAUCUACAAUAUUUAAGAGAUAUGUGGCCAUUAUUCUGUGUUACAGUUCUACGCGAAUGAUCUGUACAACAUGUACAGAGACUGACUAUCAACCCAACAUUGUUCUCAUAAUGGCAGAUGACCUCGGCAUUGGGGAUAUUGGCUGCUAUGGAAACAAUACCAUAAGAACUCCCAAUAUUGAUCAUCUUGCUGAGGAAGGACUGAUGCUAACCCAUCAUUUGGCAGCAGCUCCACUCUGCACGCCCAGUAGGGCCGCCUUCAUGACGGGCAGAUACCCUAUUCGAUCCGGUAUGGACAAUGGUUACAGAGUCCGUGUCCUAAUGUUCACUGGCAGUUCUGGUGGGCUUCCGAAGAAUGAAACAACAUUUGCAGCAAUAUUGCAGAAACAAGGAUACAACACUGGCAUUAUAGGAAAAUGGCACCUCGGUGUGAACUGUGAAACUAGGACUGAUCACUGUCAUCAUCCACUGAGUCACGGCUUUGAUUACUUCUAUGGCACGCCUUUCACCAAUGUAGAUGAUUGCAAGCCGGGAACCAACCAAAGUGCCAUUUUUUUUGACAUUCAGGUCAACGUCUAUCUGGCCGCUGAAGUGAUCUUCGCGGGACUUCUGACACUGUUUGUUCUGAGGCGGACCGGCCUUAUUAGCGUGGGAUGGAAGUGGAUCGUCUGGCCCACAGUGUGUUCGUGCUUGCUCUUCGGAUCUUGGUACAGUCUCUUUGGUUUCCUCAGGCACUGGAAUUGUCUGGUCAUGAGGAACCAUCAAGUUGUUCAGCAGCCUUCAAACCCAGAAACACUCCCAGCGAGAAUGACCGAGGAAGCUCUGGGAUUCAUCGAAAGAAACCGGAAGAAGCCAUUUCUUCUUUUUGUGUCCCUGCUCCAUGUCCAUUCUCCCUUCUUUACUGCCAAGCCAUUUAUUGGGAAGAGCAAUCAUGGUUGCUAUGGAGACAAUGUGGAGGAGAUGGAUUGGCACGUAGGUCAGAUAGUGAAUGCCAUCGACAAUCUUGGCCUUGCGAAUAAAACCCUGAUCUAUUUUGCCUCUGAUCAUGGUGGCAGUCGGGACACUGUUGGAAUGAACGGAGAGGUAGAUGGAGGUUGGAAUGGAAUAUACAGAGGCAAAAAGGGACUAGCUGGAUGGGAAGGUGGUAUCCGUGUCCCUGGAAUAUUAAGAUGGCCAGGCCAGUUGUCUUCUGGGAGGAAGAUCGAUGAACCCACCAGCCUCAUGGACAUUUACCCCACUGUUGUCAACCUGGCUGGGGCCUCGUUGCCACAGGACAGGAUAAUUGAUGGACGAGACUUGAUGUCGUUACUGAAGGGUGAUGUAGAGAGGUCUGAGCAUGAGUUCCUGUUCCAUUACUGUGGCAAUGCUUUGAACGCAGUGCGAUGGCACCCAAAAGACAGCGAUUCCGUUUGGAAAGCUCUUAUGUUUACUCCCAGAUCUGACACGGAUAAUUGCUACCAGACCAAUAUUUGGGGCUGCCACGACGAUUACGUCUCUCACCACGACCCGCCGAUGCUCUUCGACCUCUUGAAGGACCCCUCCGAGGCUGCCCCACUGUCGCCCGAAACGGAGCCUCUGUUCCACAAAAUCCAAGACCAGAUCCGAAUGGGUGUGGAACGGCAUCGGAAGACCUUGACUCCGGUCCCUCUCCAGUUGUCCUGGAGUAACGCUCUCUGGAAACCUUGGCUUCAGCCCUGUUGCGGUACAUUCCCAUUCUGCGGCUGCAGUGAAGACUCCAGUCAAAAUCCAGCGCCUGAAAAAUAACACUGGCCACCGGUCACCUUAUUUAGUUUUUGUCAUUCCAUGUUUUCUGUCCGGGGAAUAAGGUACGAUUGUGGGAUUUGUGUGAAAUCCCGAGGGUUCCUUUCUGUUGUCCUGCUCAGCGAUUGGUGGCUGAGCCUUCAGUUGAUGGACUCUAAACUCUUGAAUAUGUUUUCCAAAUCCUCUUCAUUUCUUUUAACUCUCUCUCCCCCUCUCUCUCUCUCUCCCCUCCAUCACCGGGCUCCAUGGAAUCUACCUCUUCAUCCAAACUUUCGCCCUAAAGCAUUCUGCAUGGCUCGGACCAAUUUCCUCUUUCAUGAGUGCCUUGGAUGCAAUGAAGGUGCUAGGUAAAUGAAAGAUGUUGCUGUUCUUGUUA